AUGCCUCCGCUCGCCCAAGACUCGGCGCGCUUCAAGAGACAACCUCGCGAUGCGUCGCUGCCGCGGCCGUCGCGUCCGUCGCUGCCGGACGGCUUCGAGACGGACGACGGCGCGAGGAGCGACGACGGCGCGCGAAGCGAUGUGGACGCGUGGAGCGACGGCGAUGCGAUGAGCGAUGGCGAGGAGCUCUGGGCCGCGAGUCUGCUGGACGGCAGCAGCGCGGCGGAGGAUGCAUCGCCGCCCGCCUCGGUUUCCGCGCCCAGCCAAUCCGCCAAGUUCCGCUGCCUGCAGUGCGGCAGCUCCGCGCAUCCCUCGUGGCUCUGCGAUGCCCCCCCGCCAGCCGUUCGCUGCGCGCAUUGCUCCGCCAAGGAGAAGGGUAAGCGCCCCCUGCCGUGCCCGGACGUCGCCACCGCGCUGAACCGCAUCGCGUCGUGCCGUGCGACAGCGGACGUCGCCGGCAUGCACGCUGCGAUCGAGGGUUUGCAGCGCGCCGGCCAUCGCCCGCCGCUGGAGGCGUUUUCGCAGGUGAUUGCGACGCAUGCGACGCUGGGGGAGCCGGAAAAGGCGGAAGCGGUGUUGGCGGAGAUGGAGGCGGCGGGGGUGGCGGCGGACCCGGUGUGCUACAACGCCGUGGUCAACGCCUUCUGCUCGCGCGCGCGCGUGGACGAGGCGCUCACUGUGCUGCGGCGCAUGCGGUUCAACGGGUGGGAGCCGACGGCCAGCACUUACAACACGCUCAUCAAAGGCUUCGGCGCCGCCAAGCGCCCGGAAGACGCGGCGAAAGUCGCGGAGAUGAUGGGCGGCGAGUUGCGGACGUACAACAUGCUGCUGAACGCGUGGUGCGAGCGCGGGGACGUGGAGCAGGCGCGCGCGGUGCUGCGCGAGAUGCGCGCAGCGGGCGUGGCGCCGGACGCGGUGUCGUACAACACGCUGAUGAAGGCCUACGGGCGGCUCGGGCGGCCCAACGACUGCGAGCGCGUGCUGCGCGAAAUGGUGAACGCGCUCGUGCGCCCCAACGCGCGCACGUUCGGCAUGAUGGUGCGCGCGCUGUGCGACGUGGGGCGCAUGGCGGACGCGGAGGUGGUGGCGGAGCGCAUGCGCGAGUGGGACGUGGCGCCCAAUGCCACCAUCUUCAACACCAUCGUCAAGGGCUACUGCCAGGCCGGCCAGCCGCUCCCCGCCGCGCAGGUGCUGCAGAAGAUGCGCGCAGCGGGCGUGCCCCCCGACCUGGCGUCGUACUGCACGCUCAUGAACGCGUGGAGCACCGCCGCGCGCCCCGACCGCGCGCGCGCCGUGCUGGAGGAGGCGAUGGCGGCGGGGCUGGCGCCGGACGUGGAGGCGUUCUCCGUGCUCGCCAAGGGGUACCUGCGCGCGCGCCAGGGGGACGCCGCCGAGCGCCUGCUGGACGAGAUGCGCGCGCAGCACGGGUUGCAGCCGAACGUGGUGACUUACACGACGGUGAUGGGCGCGUACUGCAGCAUGGGCGCGCGCAUGGACUCCGCCAUGGCGGUGUACGAGCGCAUGGUGCGCGCGGGCGUGCGCCCCAAUGCGUUCACGUUCCGCACGCUCAUCUGGGGCUUCUGUGAGGCGCGCCUGCCCCACCGCGCGGAGGCCGUGCUGCGCCUGAUGGAGGCGGAGGGGGGCGCGCUGGACGCGCGGUGCUACGAGCAGACGAGCCUGGCGUGGCAGUCCGUGGGGCUGUGGCGCGACGCCCAGCGCAUCGCUGCUGAGAAGCGUGACAAGUGUGGCGCGCAGGGGGGAGGGGCGCGGAAGCUGAGCAAGCGCGAGGAGAGGGGCAGGCGGACUGGUAAUGGGGCGAGUCAUGGCAACAGCAGCAGUGAGAGCGCUAGAGGUAGUGACGAGAGUAAUGGUGAGAGCAGCAGUGGCGGUGGUGAGAGCAGCAGUGGCGGUGGUGAGAGGAUUAUGCUAGGGGGGGCAGCGGAAGGGGCAGUAAGACUCGCAUCUGGCAAAGACCACAGUCACUCCCUGUCCCUCAAGGGGAGGUGGCAACUGGUGCAGGCGUGGCAGCACUGCCAUUCGCCCCACGCCCCCUUCUCCGCCCUCACCUGGGCUGCAGCUGUCGCACCACACCGCGCUCCUCUUCUUGCCCUCCCCUUCUCCCUCACCACACUUCUCCACCGCCCCUCUCCCACAACUGGCCGCGGCAAGCACACCGUGCGCGUGUGUGUGGGGCUGGCACUGCAGCGGCUGCGGGGUGGCAGCACCGCUUACAGGCCUCCGAACCUAGAGUCCGCCAUUCGGCGGUUGAAAUGGCCACCCGCGGAUGAUGGCGGGCUGCGCGGAAGGCUGAGUGCUGCGGCUAUGCCCCGCCGCUCACUGCUCUCCUCGAAACGCCAAACGCUGCGCCCCGGAAUGCCGCUCAGCGGACCUCCGCCGAUCGCUCUCCGCGGCACCAGCAGCCAACGCCAAGGGCGCGCGCCCCCCGUGGUGGCGCUUGCAGGCAGCAAGUGGCGGCGCAGCGACCAGCCCCGCGUGCGGCUUCCGCCCGUGCUGAGCCCGUCCGCGUCCGCGCUGCUGUGCCAGCUGCGCCAGCAGAAGCUGCGCCGCCAAAGAUGGGCGGCGCUGGAGGCGGCUAGCGCGGGGGCAGGGGGAGGCGGAGGGCGGAAGGGCGCGGAGGAGGACGUGGCGGCGGUGCUGCGCGAGCUGCGGCGCAGAGAGGAGUGGCACGUGGUGGCGCAUGUGUACGAGUGGGUGGUGUCGCGCUCAGGGUGGCGAGCAGACGUGUCGGGGUACAAUCUGCUCAUGGACGCCUACGCGCGCUCUGGCGCCGCCCCCACCGCUCUGCGCGUCUUCCGCCUCAUGCAGCAGGGGCGCGUGCGCUUCUCCCUCCCACAAGGGCGCGGACGAGCAGGGGAGAGGGGGGGAAGGGAGAGAGAUGCAGGGGAACAAGGCGAGGGAGCAAGGGGAAGAGGGGGUAGAGGGACGCGGGAAAAGGGGAGGGAGGAGGAGGAUGAGGAGGAGGAGGAGGAGGAGGAGGAGGAGGAGGAGGGGGAGGGAUGGGAGGAAGAAGAGGAGAAAAAGGGGGUGGGGGAGGAGGAGGUGGAGAUGUGGGUGGAGGAGGGCGUGGGCGUGUGUGUGCCAAGCGAGGCGUCAUUCAACGUGGUGCUGGGCGGGCUGUGUCGCCAGGGCCUGCUGCCGCCCGCUCAACAGCUCUUCCACGAGAUGCUGCUCCGCGGCUACCGCCCCAGUCUGGUGACGUACAACACGAUGGUGGAGGUGAGGGGGAGGGCGGGGGACGUGGAGGGCGCGGAGGGGCUGGUGCGCGCCAUGCGGGGGGAGGGCGUGCGCCCCACCGCCGCCUCCUACGCGCUGCUCAUGCACGCCUACGGCAAGGCGGGCCUGCCCCAGCGAGCAGAGGAGGUGUUUGCAGGGCUGCACGGGGCGGCCGUGCUGCCCACGCUGCCGUGCUUCACGGCGCUGGUGGCGGCACAUGCACGCGUGGGGCAGUGGCGGCAGGCUCAGCGCGCGUACGACAGCAUCGCGCUCAUGGGGCUGCGCCCUGACCUGCAUGCCACCACUGCUCUCCUGCACGCCCUCUGCACGGCGGGCGAGGUGGCGCGGGCGCGGGGCGUGCUGGACGCCAUGCAGCGCAGCACCGGUGCCGCCCCUCCUCCCUCCUGUGUCACCCCGCUGCUGGCCGCCCUGGCACGACAGGGACUGUGGGCAGAGACGGAGGAGGUGUAUGCAUCGCUGGCACCAGCAGGCACACCCCCCCCGGUGCGGGCAGCCAUGCAGCGAGUGCUGGCACGCAUGCAUGGGGGCGAGGGGGCAGCAUGGCAUGUGAGCUCAUACAACACCGUGCUCGCCGUGCUGGUGCAUGCGGGUGACAUGGCGGGCGCUGAGAGGCUGAUGGAUGACAUGCGGGCGGGCGGCGUGGCCCCUGAUGCCGCCACGUGGACCACCCUCAUGGGCGGGUACGCGGAGAAGAAGCUUCUGAGAAAGUGCAUGAGCGUGUUUAGGAAGAUGGUGGCAGCGGGGGUGCGGUGGGAUGCGGGGGCGGUGCGGGUGAUGCUGGCGGCGUGUCGCAGUGCGGAGCAGCAGGAGGAGGUGAGGCAGCUCGUGGAGAGUGUUUGGGCCAUGCGGGGGCGGCGGUGGCGGUGGGGCGUGCUGGACGGGUACCUCGCGCGCAGCAUGGCGCGCCCCUUCGCGGUGGCGGCGGGCGUGGCGGCGAGCGUGGGCGUGGCGCUGGGGUCGCUGGCGGAGGUGGCGCGCGUGGCGGCCAACACGGGCGCGCCGCUCCGCCUGGCGCUGCUGGUCGCGCUGCACCACCUCCCGCGCUUCCUCGCGCUCGCGCUCCCCCCCGCAUGCCUCGCCGCCUCCCUCUUCGCCUUCUCGCACCUCCUGGCGCACGGCGAGCUGGCGGGCAUGGCGGCGGGGGGGGUGGCGUGGGGCAGGGUGCUGCGCGCGCCAGUGUGUGUGGGCGUGGGGGCAGGCGCGCUCAUGCUCGCAUGCCAUGAGCACGUGGUGCCAUGGGCCAUGGGCAGGGCGCAGCGCAUGGUGGAGGCGGCAGUGACAUCGGACAUGGCAUCGCUGCCAUCCCAGCAGCACGUAUUGCUGCGCGAAUAUGGUGCGCAUGCGCAGCACCACCAUGACCCCCUCGCACUCCUCCUCGCCCAUCUUCACCCCUCCUCACCACACACCACCAUCGCCUCUCCUCUGGCCGGCAGUGCAGGGGGGGCAGUGGCGGCAGCGGGCAAGGGGGCCGAGGGAAUGGGCGGGGGGGCGGGGCUGUGGCGGGUGUGGUAUGCGGGGGAGGUGGGGGGCGGUGCCAUGCGGCGUGUCAUGCUGCUGCACCUCGCCCCUCAGGGGCACGUGCACGCCGUGAGUCCUCCUUGGCCAUUCUUUCCCUCUAUCGCUCUCUGCCAUCGUCCAUAA